CACGUAAUUUAUCCGAAACUCGUCAACUACAAUUUCUUCGGAAGCGACUCUCGUGCAGAUGAUCUUUCGACGGUGAGGAAAUUGUUGGAAUGGAAUAUUGCCGGGACCUCAUUGAUAAAGCGCUGAAAAACAAGAAGUAGUCAUGGCCUCAGUGAUAUUACAGGGGCUCGAGAUCCAUUUUUACCUGCCAGAGACACACCAGAUCAUUCAUCUCUCAGGAAGUUUCACAGCUGAGGAGCUGUGUGUUGAAGCUGCCAAGAAGUUGGGUAUAUCUCCACUGUGUAGCAGUUUGUUCGCCCUUUAUGAUGAAUUUAGCCAGAUCUGGUAUGCACCCAAUCACUCAUUCACUAUUGAUGAGACUACAAGACUGAAGCUUUACUAUCGCAUGAGAUUCUAUUUUACAAACUGGCAUGGGACAUCUCUCAAGACAUCUCAUCCAGUGUCCAGACACAGUCUCAAGCGAGGGACGGGGUCUACAGGAACGGCUGUUCUGGAUAUAGUUUCACUAACGUACCUCUACGCACAGAGUCAGUGUGACUUUCAGAGUGAUCUGGCACCGCUGCGUAGCACUCGAGAUGAGAAUGAUGUCCAGCUGAUAGAAAAUGAGUGUUUGGGUAUGGCGGUGAUGGCCAUCUCCCAUGAUGCCAUUGAAAAAAAUCUUCCUGUCUGUGAAUUUGAGUACAAGAAUUACAUCCCCAAGGUCCUGUACAAGUCCAUAAGUCACAGGAACAUUCUCACACGUCUGCGCAUCGCCAACGUCUUUAAAGUGUUCCUUGAGGAAUUCACCAGGAACACUGUGCAAGGCAACAAGAUCAAAACCCAUGACCUGAAGGUCAAAUAUAUGUCUACUUUAGAGACUCUAACAAAACACUUUGGCCAGGAGGUGUUCGAACCCUCUUCUCUCUUCAUACAUGAGAAUGAUCAAAUGAUCACGGACUCCAGCAGUGCUGCUGAUGUUCAUUACAAGAUCCUGGUGUCUGGCACCUCUGGCAUUCAUUGGUGUAAAGUCCCCACCGAGGCCAGUUCAGAUUCGUGGACCAAUCAGGAGAGACUUAAAUUAAAGAGCAACAGUAAGAAACGGAGUAAAGUAGCAUCACAUGAUGCAGGAGAGGACAGAUGGACACUCUUUUCAGACUUUAAUGAGAUAACGCAUCUUCUCAUCAAAUACUCUGUGGUUACCAUCCACAAACAGGACAACAAAAACAUGGAGCUGAAGCUGGCAUCCCAUGAGGAGGCGCUGUCCUUUGGCAGUCUGGUAGAUGGGUACUUUAGGCUCACAGUAGAUGCGCAUCAUUUCCUCUGCAGGGAUGUGGCUCCCGUCUCACUGGAAAAGAACCUACGAGAGGGCUGCCAUGGUCCAAUCAAUACUGAAUAUGCCAUCCAUAAACUCAAGCAGGAAGGUUAUGAGGAGGGCAUGUAUCUGCUGCGCUGGAGCACUCACGACUUCGAUCAUGUUCUCCUGACUGUCAUAUGCAAUGAGAGGGAUUGUUAUGGCAGCAUCACCAAAACCUUCAAGAACUUCCAGAUUGAGGCGAGCGCACAGGGCUUCCUCCUGACUGGGACAAAUAUUGUGAAGCCCACUCUGAGAGAGCUGACGGACCACCUGUUUGGCCAGUGUCUCACAACAGACCACACCAGCUUAAGACUUGAGCGUGGCUGUCCACCCCAACCCAAAGAGCAAUCCAACCUUGUCAUGAUGACCAGGAAAGAUUCAGCAUCGCCACACUCUUCCUUAAAUAAUGCAGUCAUUAAUAGGAUCCUCAGAAAUGACAUGACCCAGGAGAAACACCUGGGCCAAGGCACCUGCACAAACAUAUAUUCUGGGAAGCUGAAUUUGAGAAAUGAGGAUGAUGACGGUUAUUCAGGCCAUGAGGUGGUGGAUGUGGUUCUGAAGGUGCUGGCAGCAGGACACAUUUCUGCCUUCCUGGACACAGUCAGUGUAAUGCAGAAGAUUUCACAUAAAAACAUGGUUCUGAUGUAUGGCGUAUGCAUGCACAGCAUGGACCAAGUGUGCCCACUCCACCAGACAGAAAUGCAACAAUACUUAUUUGUAUUUGUAAAGAAAUUAUAGAAAUAGUUGACCUUUAAGAAGCUUGUCCAUGGCUAUGUCUGUGCUAAAAAUGUCCUGUUGAAGCUGGAUGGUCUGGAAGUACAAGGUGGUCCUUUCAUUAAACUGAGUGAUCCUGGACUGUCCAUCGCUGUGCUCAGCCAAACAGAGUGUAUUGACAGGAUCCCAUGGAUCGCCCCAGAGUGUGUUAAAACCCCCAAAGCGCUGAGCAUUGCAGCAGACAAAUGGGGGUUUGGGACCACGCUAUGGGAGAUCUGCUACAAUGGCGAGGUGCCUCUGCGUGAAAAGAAACUCUCAGAGAAAGAGCGAUUCUACGAUGUGUGUGGCACACUGGUCACUCCCAGCAUCAGUGAACUGGCUGAUCUGAUCUCACAGUGCAUGAACUAUGACCCCAGGAAGAGACCGUUCUUCAGAGCCAUAGUGAGAGAGCUGGGACACAUCAAAGAGCAGCACGUGAAGGCGCUUCACCUUAUGGAGGCAAUUCCUCCACAGGAGACUGAUCCUACAGAUUUCAAGAGAAGAUUUCUCAAGAAAAUCCGAAAACUUGGAGAGGGUAACUUUGGGAUGGUGGAACUGUGUCUGUAUGAUCCUAAGGGAGAUCAGACAGGUGAGCUGGUGGCUGUCAAAUCUCUGAAAACGGAAAAUGAGUGCAGCAACCUGAGGAGAGAGAUCAGCACCAUCAGAAACCUCUACCAUGAAAACAUCGUCAAAUACAAAGGCAUCUGCAACGACGAAGGAGGAGCGAACAUCAAACUCAUUAUGGAGUACUUGCCCUCUGGCAGUCUGAAAGAAUACCUGCCCCGUAACAAAUCCAACAUCGAUCAGAAGAGACUGCUGCAUUAUGCUCUUCAGAUAUGUCAGGGUAUGGAGUACCUGGGAUCUCAAAACUACAUCCACAGGGAUCUGGCAGCGAGAAACAUCUUAGUGGAGAAUGAAUCACUUGUAAAGAUCGGGGACUUUGGUCUGACUAAGAGCAUCAAAGAUGAUAAGGAAUAUUACAAAGUGACCGAAGAACAGGACAGUCCUGUGUACUGGUAUGCUCCAGAAUGUCUGAUUAAUCGGAAGUUCUAUAAGGCAUCUGAUGUUUGGUCAUUUGGGGUCACUCUCUAUGAAAUCAUGACCUACUGUGACCGUGAGAACAGCCCUCCACGGGUAUUCCUGAAGAUGAUUGGCCGGUCUCAGGGGCAGAUGACCAUGGCCAGGCUGGUAGAAGCUCUUGGGAAAGGCUGGAGGAUGCCACGUCCAGAUUUGUGCCCUGAAAUGGUGUACACUCAGAUAAACAGUUGCUGGAGUCACGCCCCAGAAGACAGAGUGGACUUCAAGGGCCUGAUCAAAGAGUUUGAGAUUCUCCUCACUAGUGAAAACAUCUAGCUUCCAUUCAUCACAUCAGUUACACCUACACAAUUCAGAUUCAUGUUGUAUUUGUAUGUAACAUUCUCAUUAUACUAAGAAAACGAUGCAUGUUACUUUCUCUUUAAAUAUUUGCCAGUUAAUCAUCUACCUCCAAAAACACUCUGGUAAUACAGUGUAUUCUUACUAGGUUAACAUACCACAAGCCGCAUCAAAUCUAGGGCCAGAUGUACUAAUAGCUUACACUAGUACAAACCCUCUUUAGGCAUUAAAGUGCCCCUAUUACAGAUUUUUGAAAAUUACCGUUCAUGCAGUGUGUAAC